CAGCAUUCCUCCUCUGUAUGAGAAAGACCCCUUAUAGUAUUCUGUUUUUGGAACGUGGUCCAGUACAACAUUAUACUCCGCAUUUCUUAGCAUAGACUUAUAAGGGUUGUUCUCACAGACAUUCGAGAAAAGAUCGCUUAAGUAACUAGGUAUAUUUCCAUUCACUGUAUCAUACAUUAAUAGACUUAAGUACCUCUGACGCCUUGAGGCAAGCUCUUCCCAGUUUAGUUGUUUUCGUAUUUGUGCUGAACGAACGUCAUAACCUUGAAAGGUUAUUAUGCGUGCAGCACGAUUUUGUAAUUUCUGGAUCCUAGUGGCAAGUCCCUGGUCUAAAUUGUCCCAAACAACGUCGCAGUAGUCGAACACAGGCUGGAUAAGAGAUUUGUAAAUAGUAUUUAGAACAUCUAAUGGUACAUAAUCACGUGCCUGUUUUAGACCACUGAUGGAUCGAUUGACUUUUGAACAAAGUUUGUCAACAUGCUCGUUCCAUUUAAGAUUUUCAUCUAAGUGAAUUCCUAAAUAUUUUGUUGUUUGGACUUGUUGAGGCCAAUCCUCAACAAGAGAACAUUUUUUUUGUUUUCCUAGUCCGUUCCAUUCCGUUUUGUAAUUUAUUCUCCCAGCAUGCUUAGUGAGCGCGUCUCAGUGUCGUCGUGGAGCGAGAAAGAAACCAUGUGCUUUGUAACGCGCUAGUCGCCGGGAGUUUCUCAUCGUAUGGUGAGUCUUAGGAGCUCGUUUAUUUCCAAAUCCCGUUCCAACAGUGAUUAAGUGUUUGUUUUGUAGGUUUUUACUUGCGAGGUGAAGCUUGUUAGCCAAAGAUGAGACUCCAAAUUCGAUCCUGUUGUGUUGUUGAGGAAAUAUGCUGAGUGUGCAACUCUCGAUUAUUAAACUUGUGUUCAGGCACCCUUGUGUUGUGAAAGCGCGUUUUGUCCCCUGGACAUCUUCGUAAAAACCAUACGAGCAUCUUGCCUGUGAUUACUGGACGUCCAAAGUCUUAACUGUGAAAAUAUUUGUGCGUGUGAAUCGAAGUGACAUCAAAGGUCAUGACUCAACGAGGAAUUCUACUCGAGCGUUUGGAGGUGUUGGACAGAUCUCGCAGGGGAUAUUUGUCUAAUAUUACGAAAUUGUGUCAUCAACUGGAUGAAAAUCUCGGAGACUUCAGCAACGUCGUCAAGAUACGAACCGUGCAAACUAGCCUUAAUUCCGCGUGGGAGCAGUAUUGUGUUUGUGUUGAGAAAUACGGUGAUUUACUCGAUACCAGCUGUGAAAGGUACCAAAGAGUCUUGAGCGACCGUGCGGUUCAGCAGUCAAGGAUACAGGGAUACAAUGAGAGAAUAGAUCAGUUUAUUGCCAGUGCCGCUGCCUUUUAUAAUAGCCAAGUGUUAGAAGAAGUGAAAUCAAUCAAGGAGUGUACCCCUCCAGGAUCUGUGAAAUCUAAUGGUAGUCGUGUCUCAAAAUCAAGUGUGUGUAGCUCCAGGUCCCAAAGGGCAAAAAUAGAAGCAGCGAAGGCCCUACUUAUGCAGCAACAAGCUGAAGAAAGGAGUAAGAAGCUAGUAGAACUGGAGGUAAAAAGAGUCGAAAUGGAGAUAAAACGAACAGAACUAGAAUUGCAACACCGAUUAGAACUCACCAAAUUGGAAGCAGAAAGGGAAGUUAUGGCUGCUAGAGAUCAAGUGGAGCUAGCUAAUUUAGAGGCUUUGUUAGCAGAACAGGAAAUGGAGGGUAUCAAAUGGUCUCCAAAUCUGGACCUACAGGACUCAAAGCCUCAAUCCUCAAGGGUUGGUGCCAAUGAUGUACCAGUAACCAAGCCAUCUCACACAUCAACACCAGGAUUAGUAAAUGCCCAGACUUGUGUGAGUUUUAGAACCCCUACUGUCACAGAUGAGGGUACACAUGAGACUGUUAAACCCCGUAUUCAAGACAACGGCCAGUCGCAACCUGCUGACCCACCCACUGAAGAAACCCCAUGCCUCACGAGCACCAACCGCUGUACAGCCACACCCAGUGCUGCUGGUUCAAUUAUGAAUGACAGUCUUGUUGCUAUUAUGUCUUCAAUGGAGAAAAUGAGUGCCGCUUAUGAUCUACCACACGUACAAGUUCAGAAGUUUGAUGGAUCCCCUGAAAAUUACCCAGCCUUUCGUCAGAGAUUUAAGCAGUUGGUUGAAACCAGGCCCCUCAGUGAUGCUGUGAAAAUGACCCGUCUGUUACAGUUCUUGAACGGUCCUGCCCUGACUGCGGUGCAGAGAUAUGAGCCAAUGCCUGGUGGCCUGGCAAAGGCACUCAAGACACUAGAGGAACGGUUUGGCCAGCCAUUUCAAGUAGUGAGAGCAUGUGUUGAAUCUCUUACGAAGGGACCUGCUAUACAAGCAAAUGAUAAGGACAGCCUGCAGCGCUAUGCUGAUACUGCACAAGUUACCUAUGAUACCUUAGAGUCAAUGGGAUACCUUAGUGAGAUGAAUAUAGAUAAUCUGGAGAAAGUCAGCGCGCGGCUGCCAAAGUGGAUGCAAUCCAAAUUUGCCGAACAUUUGAAGAAUCUCGAGCGUAAGGGACAGAAGAUGCCAAAUUUCAAGGAUGUUGUAGACUUCCUGAAGGAGCGAGCGUUUGUCCUGAGCCACCCUUUCUUUACUAAGUCAGGAACUCCUAAGGGUUUUACCUAUUCUUUAACAGCAACAAACCCUGAAUCCUGUGCAAUGUGCCAUCAACACCAUCCACUGUACCGUUGUGAAGUAUUCAAAUCCAAGUCUCCAAGGGAGAGAAAUGACUUUGUAAAACAGAAGAAGAUUUGCUUCAAUUGUAUCAGCUCAACUAAACACAACUCAAAGAAGUGCAAGUCCUUAAUCAGGUGCAGGGUAGAAGGUUGUGGGAAGUCACAUCACACAUUGUUACACUUCACUGAACCUAGAGACAGAGGGAACCAGCAAAGGGACGGUCCUAACGGUGAGGACGUUAAUCAAGGCUUAAGGCCUGAUCAAGCCACUAUUUCUAUGUGCUCCACAGUUAAUUCGUGUGAAGUGUUGCUUCAAGUCAUCCCAGUUCGAGUGAUUAGUAAGUCUGGCAACCAGAUUACUACCUUUGGUCUACUGGACUCAGGCUCCGACAUAACCAUGAUUGACCCGUCUCUCGUGAAAAUGCUGAACAUUAAGGGCUCACCAAGUAAGCUGUCACUCACGACUGUAAACAAUGCCGAUGCAGAAGAAGAGGGCCUGAGAGUUGACUUCCAAAUUGCUUCAGUAGAUAGCGAGAAUGACCAUCUGAUUGAUGUCAAAUCUGCCUGGGCUGUAAAGGAUCUUACAAUUCCCCUAAAGCACACAAAGGUGACAAGGUCUGUUGGGCAGUGGCCACAUCUGCAGCAAGUGUGCUUCCCGGAAGUAGAGAGAAGUAAGAUUUCUAUCCUGCUUGGUACAAACAUCCAAGAGGUCUUCAUACCGCUCGAAGUUAAAAGAGGUAAACCAAAUGAGCCGAUCGCAAUCAAGUCCUGUAUUGGUUGGAGUAUACUUGGUGGCUGUCCCAGUGUACCUUCUUCCACUCCUGUGCAAGUCAAUCUCAUUAAUGGGGAGGAUGUUACCCUAAGUGACCAGCUUGAAGAAUUCUGGAGAGUCGAGUCCUAUGGUACGAGCAAGUGUGAAACCAAGCCCCUGUCUGUGGAGGAUCAAAGAGCUAUGAACUUGAUAUCCAAUUCAAUCUGUAAACAUGAUGGCCAUUAUGAGAUGGGCCUCCUGUGGAAGAGUGACAAUCCUGUGCUUCCUUACAACAGAACACUAGCUGAAGCGAGACUGCAACACUUAAAGAGACGCUUCCUUCGAGAUCCAGAACUUGAAGUCAAGUAUAGAGCUGUGAUUGAAGACUGUGUGACCAAGGGAUAUGCAAGAAAGCUCACAAAGGAGGAAGCAGAAACAGUCAGCAAAACCACAUGGUUCCUGCCUCACCACCCAGUAAGCAAUCCGAACAAGCCAGGCAGGGUGAGAGUGGUAUUUGAUGCGGCUGCAAGAUUCAGCGGCACAUCCCUAAACGAACAGCUAAUGCAGGGACCUAAUCUGACAAAUGACCUAUCUGGAGUGUUGAUUCGUUUCCGUGAGGAAGAAAUUGCCUUCUCAGCGGAUAUCGAGGGCAUGUUUUACCAGACCAGAGUAUCCCCAAGUGAUACAGAUUCUCUGAGGUUCUUGUGGUGGCCUAAAGGUAUUGAUGAGCCUCCAGAGGAAUACAAAAUGUUGGUCCAUAUUUUUGGUGCUAAGUCUUCACCCUGCUGUGCCAACAAGGCGUUAAGCAUGACAGCACAAGACAAUGAAGAAAAUUACCCACCUGAAGUGAUCAGAACAGUUCGUAGAAAUUUCUAUGUGGACGAUGUCCUGAAGUCUGUCCCAAAUAUUGAUCAAGCCGUACCUCUGGCCUCAGAUCUUAUGAAGUUGUUGAGAGAAGGAGGAUUCCGUCUAACAAAGUUUGCGAGCAAUAGUCGUGAAUUGCUAGCCUCAAUUCCUCCCGCGUCGAGGGCGAAUCCCAAGUUGGACCUAGAUCUAGACCAGUUACCCCUAGAGCGAGCGUUGGGUGUCUACUGGGACGCACAGACAGAUACCUUUAAGUUCAAGGCCUUACAAGCGUACAAGCCAUCCACCAAGCGAGGAGUGCUUUCCGUCGUAAGCUCCCUGUUUGAUCCGUUGGGAUUUCUUUCACCCUUUGUGUUCACAGCCAAGAUUCUGUUACAAGAGCUGUGGAGGCAGAAGUUGUCUUGGGAUCAAGAAAUUCCAGAGCCGUAUUCGUCCCUCUGGCAGAAGUGGUUGCAAGAGCUGCCGUGUGUUACUACAAUCGAGAUACCAAGGUGUUACAAGGCCCAGUGCCCUAGUGCACAAGCCACUGUGCAGUUGCACAAUUUUUCCGAUGCGUCAAGACAUGGUUAUGCAGCAGUGUCUUACCUACGGUUCAUUGACGAGCAAGGAGUGAUCCACUGUUCCUUCGUUAUGGGGAAGACCAGGAAUGCGCCCAUCAAAGAGUGGACCAUACCUCGCCUAGAACUGCAGGCGACAGUGUUAGCGGUACGGCUAAGUAACUCAAUUCUGAAGGAGCUCGAUCUGCGAGUAAAUGAAAUCUUUUUCUGGUCAGACUCGAUGACCUCCCUUCAAUACAUCAAAAACCAAACGAAGCGCUUCCAAACAUUUGUUGCAAAUCGCGUGGCCGAGAUCCAUGAAUCAACCACCCCAGAACAAUGGCAUCACGUCCCGGGUACUAUGAACCCCGCUGAUGAGGGUUCACGAGGCGUCGCCAUAAAGCAUUUCCAACCCGGAUGUCGGUGGUGGUCAGGUCCUUCCUUUCUGUGGCAGCCUGUACAACAGUGGCCUAAUGCUCGGGUGGAAGACAUUCGAAGUGAUGAUAAAGAAAUACGAAAACCAGCCACAAUCAUGUUCACCACUGAAACGUCCCAAGUCAAUCUCCUACUUAAGCGCUAUUCGUCGUGGUCCCGUUUGCUGAGAGUUAUGUCGUGGGUGCUUCGCUUUGUCAAGGCACUAAAGAAAGAAAAACCUGAAUGUAUCGUCGGAGGUACACUUACCCUUUUUCAGCUUCAGCGAGCAAGCGAAGUAAUUACGCGACUGGUGCAGCGCCAACAUUUCCGUGAAGAGUACAUGGCUUUGAAAGAAGGCAGACAGGUGAAAUGUAGCAGUAGCUUGGCCACUCUUAGUCCGAUCCUAACUGAUGGCAUUAUACGUGUUGGAGGAAGAAUUCACCGUGUUCCGAUUACCUUUGAAGCCGCCCACCCAGUGAUUCUUCCAAAGUCAAGCCCUGUGUCUGUAUUGAUAGUUCGUUACUACCACCAUGUGCUGGGCCACGCAGGCCGUGAACAUGUGUUGUCCGUCCUCCGCCAGCGUUACUGGAUACUGAGAGGCAGAGCUUUGGUGCGUCAGAUCCUGAGCAAGUGUAUAAGUUGCCGCAAGCGGAACACGUCUGCCUUACAGCAAGCGAUGGCUGACCUGCCAAAGGAAAGGCUGGUACCUUAUCAUCCCCCGUUCACCUUUACGGGCCUCGACUUCUUUGGCCCCUUCUACGUGAAGCGCGCUCGUAGUGUUAUCAAAGUGUAUGGUUGCAUAUUCGUGUGCUUUAACAGCCGAGCAGUCCACAUCGAAGAUGUUAGUUCCUUAGAAACAGAUACGUUUAUUUUGGCUCUCCGCCGGUUCAUCUCUGUUCGCGGCUGCCCUAAGGAAAUCUGGUCAGAUAACGGCACGAAUUUUACUGGCGCUGAGAGGGAACUUCGGCUUUCGGUUCGAGAACUAAAUGAAGAACAAAUCAGGAGAGAGCUACAUUCGUACGAUGCGAAGUGGUUCAAAUAUGUGUUGCCAAGGUGGCGUUUCCAACCCCCUACCGCGAGCCACAUGUCAGGCGUGUGGGAGAGGCUUAUUAGAAGCGUGCGGAAGGCUAUGAAUGCUGUCUUGAGCAAACCAGGUCUGCAAUCCCUUUGGAAACCCUGCGCACCGUAUUCGCCGAAGUCACGUCCAUUCUAAACAGUCGUCCCAUUUCCCCAGCAAGUGAUGAUCCAAGUGACAUGGAGCCACUCACUCCAAACCACCUACUUCUACAGCGACGAAAUCUCGCCAUACCCCCCGGUGUCUUCGCCAAGGAAGAGCUGUACUCACGCAAGCAGUGGAGACAUGCGCAAUUCCUUGCUAACUGUUUUUGGUCGCGAUGGGUUCUAGAGCACGUGCCUACCUUACAGCAACGCCACAAGUGGCUACUAAACAAGAGGAAUUUGGCAGUGAAUGACCUGGUUCUUGUGGUGGACAAAACUGUGCCGAGAUCCCGCUGGUUGCUGGGUCGCGUAAUGAAAGUGUUUCCUGGUGAAGAUUCACGUGUCCGCACCGCCGAAGUGAAGACAAAGGACUCUUCUCUUACUCGUCCUGUGACCAAGCUGUGUCUUCUUGAAGAAGCUGCGUGACGGGUUUGCCGAAGAGUGCACUGAACGUUGCAAGAUUGAACUGAAAACAUUGUCGUGAACUAACAGUCGGUUUAGAACUUUAACAUUGAUUAGUGAUUGUCUACGGGGGCUCGUUCAGCCCUACCCCCCGGGAUGUUGAGGGCAAUCCUCAACAAGAGAACAUUUUUUUUGUUUUCCUAGUCCGUUCCAUUCCGUUUUGUAAUUUAUUCUCCCAGCAUGCUUAGUGAGCGCGUCUCAGUGUCGUCGUGGAGCGAGAAAGAAACCAUGUGCUUUGUAACGCGCUAGUCGCCGGGAGUUUCUCAUCGUAUGGUGAGUCUUAGGAGCUCGUUUAUUUCCAAAUCCCGUUCCAACAGUGAUUAAGUGUUUGUUUUGUAGGUUUUUACUUGCGAGGUGAAGCUUGUUAGCCAAAGAUGAGACUCCAAAUUCGAUCCUGUUGUGUUGUUGAGGAAAUAUGCUGAGUGUGCAACUCUCGAUUAUUAAACUUGUGUUCAGGCACCCUUGUGUUGUGAAAGCGCGUUUUGUCCCCUGGACAGGACUCGUUUAACAUGAUUGUUGCCAAUCUUAAUUGGAAAGUCUCUUCCUAAGUUAGAUAAUUUGAAGGUAGUUGUUACGAACAUAUACUCCGUUUUAGUGACAUUUAAGCUUAACUUAUUUGCAAGAAGCCAGUCCCUAACGCGAGUUAGGUCAUUAUUUACCUUGGCAUAUAGUUCAGCAGUGGAUACAGAGGACGCAUAUAUCGUGGUAUCAUCGGCAUACAUGUGUGCUUUGGUAAGGAGAAGACAUCCAGGGAGAUCAUUGAUAUAAAUUAAAAACAACAAAGGGCCUAAAAUUGAACCCUGUGGAACACCACAACUUAUCAACUGGGGCUUAGAUACACAGCCCUCUACUACACACUGAUAGAUAGAUAGAUACAUACAUACAUACAUACAUACAUACAUACAUACAUACAUACAUAGAUACAUAGAUAGAUAGAUAGAUAGAUAGAUAGAUAGAUAGAUAGAUAGAUAGAUAGAUAGAUAGACAGACAGAUAGAUAGACAGAUAGACAGAUAGACAGAUAGACAGAUAGACAGAUAGAUGGAUGGAUGGAUGGAUGGAUGGAUGGAUGGACGGACGGACGGACGAACGGACGGAUGGAUAGAUAGAUAGACGCCUUUCUUUAAAAUCAAAAAGUAAUUUCCCAGGGUAGUCCAUUCAGGGACCUUACAAAGCAUACCUGUUAUCAAUAGGAGCCCUGAGUUCACUAACUAGACUAUAAAUAAUAAUAAUAAUUAUUAUAUUAAUUUAUUAUAAUAAAAUAUAUACAAGGUAAUAUAACAAAUGAACUGAAAACAACAAGAUCUUUCAAGAUUAAGGACAUUUACAAUAACUAUUAAAACCCAUACUUCCAUGGCCGAAUAAAAGGAUCUCUUAAUUGGCCACGUCUAUUCUUAUAGCAGGCAGAUGCAAGAGAUUGCUCUGGCGGGUUGAACGAGCAAAAAGGCUCCUGUUAAAAACUGAGUAGUUCUUAAAAUACUGAGGGCACCGAUCAUGUAUACAUUUCCUUACAAGUCUUAGGAUGUGUUCAUCGCGCCUGGGCCUAAGACUUGGCCACUUCAAAGCUUUCAUCGCAGUGUCACUACUACUUUUAAUUACAAUUCUUCCAACGCACUUCUGCAGAGUUUCUAGAGUUCCACUAUUUACUUCCCCACAAAUCCCCAAGACCCCAGCACAGUACUCUUAAGUCGGUCUAAUCAGAUCAUACAUAAAAAAAAUGGCAUUUGCACAAUGUGUGGUGAUAUAACAGUGAACAUGUCCUAACAGACCGACCCGCCUGCCAGCUUUAGACACCAUUGCUUGUCUUCACAGUGAUAGCAGAAUCAGAUAUUGUUUACACAAAAACACUGCUUGGAAAUGGAAGAGAAAACUACAAAGACAAAGAAAUACUCAUUUUAGGAGGAGGAGAUGGCGGGGUACUGCAUGAGCUACUGAAGGAGUCCCCAAAAUUUGUGACCAUGGUCGAGAUAUCCUUGAAAAACUGUUGCAAGUUAGAAGUCCAUCCAAAAAGGUUAAGACAAUAUCUGAUACGUAAAUUAUCACUAAAUUCUGAUACAAAAAUGUAUACACUCAAACAUCCCGCUAUCCCACCAUCUUUCGAUAUUUAACAAUUAAUGAACGAGGCUGAGUAUCUUAUGAAGAAUUAUGGAGAUCGAGGACGGUGUUAUCCGUCGAGGCCGUAGGCAUAUGAUACGAAAACCGAAUUCAAUAAUUGCAGACCUGCCAACCCCUGAUAAAGGAAAAUCUGGAGACCCAUGAAAAAAAAUCUGGAGAUUCUAUAAAAAAUAGUGAGAAUCUAUUUUUUUCCCGAUGAAGAUUAAACAAACCCCUUUUCCAUCGAGGAAAGUCAUUAACAGUUUAUUUUUCGCCAUGUUUAUACGAUUGCGAUCGCUUUCCCGCGCUGAACUUACAAAGACUACUGGGAAACUCAACAUGGGAGACGCCUGGGAAUUAAACCUCGUUCCCAGGGCCUACUCCCAUUUCAAAAUGGCGGACAGACACGAAGAAAAAUGAUUAAGUUUAUUGAACACAAGCGAAAAUCACAGCUGGGUACAAAAAAGUAAGAACAGUGUUCUUCUUUAUUAGUUUUUCACUUUAUGGCACAAGCAUUCCUCGUUAAUUUCCCAUUUUUAUUCUGAUUCAACAACUUAAAUCAUUUCAGAAUGAUUUUUCCCAAAACCCGUGAGAUUGAGGAGCCUUGUCGUGAGACCGUGAGAAAUGAUAAAAAAUCGUGAGACUCACGGCAGAACCGUGAGAGUUGGCAGGUCUGUAAUUGUUUUAUUAUUCAUUCAAAAUAAUUCCUAGUUUAAAAACAGGGCUAAAACAUGCUUACCUCCAUCAAUCCAGUGAUGUUAAGUUUAUCUUCGAUAGUGCACGUUUAGGAUUGUUCAGCUCCGCAAAUAAUCUCCAAAUAGCAGAUGUCGCCCUUCGAGUUGUCUUCUUGUUGUUCUUGCCUUGUUUUUAGCUAUUAUUUCGCCUAGUUCUUACUCUUGAAACGAGUGAAAUGUCCGCCAUUUUUCAAGUUCACAACUAAAACAACUCAACCUCGUCCCCAGGUCUUCUCGGUUGACGGUGCAUUAACUUGCAAGAACGCUGCAUUUUGACGUCAUUUACAAGCUAAACACAAAAUUCUUCCAAAUUUGGACAACAGUAAAUGGUUAUGGUGAAUUAAACGUGUGCUUUUAGCGAAUCAGAAUCGGGAAAAUAUUUUGAAUGAAUAAUAAUUAACAAUUAAUGAAUGAGGCUAAAACAUGCUUAUCUACAUCGAUCGAUCGAUGUUUAGUUCAUCUUCGAUAGUGCACGUUUAGGGUUGUUUAGCUCCGCAAAUAUUCUCCAAAUAGCAGAUGUUGCCCUUCGAGUUGUCUUCUUGCUGUUCUUGCCAUGUUUUUAGCUAUUAUUUCGCCUAGUUCUUACUCUUGAAACGAGUGAAAUGUCCGCCAUUUUUGUUUCCACGACCAAAACAACUCAACCGCUUCUCCAGGGCUUCUCGGUUAACAGUGUAUUGACCUGCAAAAACGCUGCAUUUUUGACGUCAUUUCCUCGCUAAACACAAAAUUCUUCCAAAUUUGGUCAUCAACAACUGGUUAUGGUGAAUUAAACGCGUGCUUUUUGCGAAUCAGAAUCAGGGAAAUAUUUUGAAUGAAUAAUAAUGUAUAUUAUCUUUAAUGUAUUAUAAAUUUCUGUGUGCUGUUGUUGUAUUUGUCGUUAAUGGCAAAAAUAAAUGACUGACUGAAUGAAUGAAUGAUCGUGAAUGGCAAUUACCGAUUAGCGUAAUAAUUCGUGUAACUGAUUUUCCUUGACUUGCCAUUACAUAGAUAAAAUUGUUGUCGAAGCUGCAGCGAAGUACUUGCGAAGUGUUUGCGGUGACACUUUAGAUUCGCAUACAGGACCUAACUAUGAAGUAAGUAUUAACCAACCUUACUGAAUUUACAGUGUCUCUGAUCGAGUGUUGCAAACCUGCAGUAAAAAGCAACUGGCCAAUUAACAGGAAAAAGCCAUUAAGAGAAAGUAUAAAUAACACAAAAAUACAAAAGGAGGCGCGAAAGAACAAACUUGAAGAAGAUCAAAACAGAUUGCAAUUGUUGUGCUUUUUUGAAAACUUGUUAGCCUAACAGUUUUUCAAAGUUCAUUUUUGUUUUUUACAACGUUUGAGAUAAUACUUGGAGGACAUAUUUGUUUGGCGCGAAGCUGUGAUUUUAAGCAAACAAAGACGUGUAAUUGAUGACACAUACCCAUAAGGUGGCUGAACACAGUUUUGGCAGUUUGUGAGUAUAUAUCAUUUGCCAAAUCAUGGCAAGAGAAAGGUUGCAGCCCACAAGCUGAAACUUGGCAAGUGAACAAUAUACUGAUGAACGAUUUGAAUGACAAGUAAAAUUUGACGUUUUCGUAGUUUCCAUGUCAACAUGAACGAUUGAAAACAACCUUAAAAUUUCACUUUUGCCCAGUUUACAAAACAUUUGCUCACUAGAUUUUCCCAUAAACUUGCACACAGCUUACUAUAAUUAAUCAUUACCAUUUGAAACUUAUUUGGCCAAAUUUAAACAGACGGGUUUUUAGAUAAUCAAUAAUAUAAUUGUACUGUAGUUAUUAAAUGUGUCAAAAAUACGUCUGUUAAACUUCCAUUUUAAAGUUCUCAUUAUUGAAAAUACCAUAAAAGUAAAAAUUCUCCCAAAUAUCACAAAAUGUUAAUAAGUAGAUUUUGAGAAAUCGUCCUCUGUGUACUUUUGCUUUUUCGCCGCCAUGUUUGUUUGUCUAAUUUAAAUCACGCACCGUCACGCGAGUUACCGCUGACCGCCCGCAAAACUGUGUUCAGCCAUCUUAACUGUAGUCAAAAGUACCAGUCAUAACUGCGUAUCGUUACACGGGAUCAAAAAACGCCAAAAUAUGGCAAUAGAUGUAUCAACCGUUUUUUUUAUGAACGUUAUCUCCAAUUAGACCUCUUCCGUCGAGCAGUUUUCUCUUCAAAGUUUUUUUUCUCCAAAGUAGCCAAUUAAAAAAACUACUUAGUGCGACCAUUGCCUUUUUUCUCUUCUCUUCCUUUCAUCUUCCUCGCUCUUUUUUUCCCUUUCCUUUUCGUCCUUUGAUCAAAUUGCGUUUUGUGCAUUCCGUUCAUUCUUAGUUAAGUCCAAACGAAUGCUGGCUACAUAGAUGCGACGCAUGCGUAAUAACAACCUGUAGAUUAGGAUUGCGGGCUCCUCUUGUCACCCACAAUAACUAGUAGUAAUCAUAGUUCAAUGUAUGCGUUGGCGUUUUCUUCGAUUUACCAAGACAGGAUGACAGGAUAAUCAAAUAGUGUACCACAGGAUAGAAUAGGAAUUGUGUUCUCCUAACGUCAAACGCAAAGGGGCCUCGCGGUUGUGGAACGUACAGCUUUCAAGAGCUCUCUCGUGCACAUACCUCGUUUGCUUUUGACCUCACAGCGCAAUCUUAUACUACUUAUGAUACAGGUCAGGUUUGAUGACUGUAUAAAGGCACUCAAGGAGUACGUGGAACUGGGAAAGACAUUUGAUUACGUGAUCAAUGAUCUUACAGACAUACCAAUAAAUGUCUCUUUACAAGGUGAGUGCAACAGUUAAGUUAGACAAGAACGAUGCUCGCAUUUGAACCAAACGCUUUCAAACAGACCACAGUUGAUUUUCGGUGAGUGGAGAAGCUAUAUGGGAUGUGGUUUUAGCCUGCGAGCAAGCUCUCCGGGGCGCUCUGGCGGCGGGGCGGGAAAAGGAAGGAGAGCUUGCAACUACGUCUCUGAAUUUGAAUUCCACCUCCAAUUCCCUUGUGGCUCCCAGUCGACUGGAGCUGUCAGAAUUCUGCCGAUCAGCGCGAAGCGGAAACGAGCACGAAUGUAUUAUUUUAUCGAAGAAGAGAAGAAGCAACUGAGAAUAAAUACAUUUACUAUUGCGUCACAGAAAAUACAGCGUCCUCGAGUUAUUAAAACCAAAACGACAUGUACCAGAAAACUUCAAAUCUAUUUAUUUGAACCCUAAGUCUUGUCAGUGUCAGUCAUUAGUUGAUUCAAAGCAAGGUUCGCACUUCUCCUACUAUCUUUAAGCCUUUUUCAAAGGCGGCCCUGAAAAACUAUUUGAAAGUGAAGGCAAAAAAGGUUUCAAAUCCCAGGAUAGAAAACUUAUGAGCAUACACAAUCUUGUUAAAGAUUCCGCGAUGGAAUCGAAAACCUGUGUAUGCUACUGAGUUUUCUAUCCUGGUUUUAUAACCUCCUUAACUCUUAAAUAUCGUAUUAUGAUGGAUGAAGCGACCCUUUUUUCGCUAAUACUUGAAAAUUAUCUUUUUUCCCACUAACUUCCGUGUUCCUGGAUAACUACUGGAAUUACAUAAAUCGCCGUAUUCAUUCUAGAGGACUCUAAAGCGUUUGGUUGCAACUGUGACGUUUAGUUCGUUCGUCCCUUCUUCUUUAUACUAGACGGUUUAACCCUCUUAAUCCCAAGAGGGAUCAACAUCAGUUUUCCCUCAACAAUAUUAAUACAUGAUCAAGAGAUAGGUUAUGACAAUUAAUCAAUGCAGACCAAAGGGAAAAUGCUUUGAUCUUUUAACAAAUUCUCUCAGCUAACUCUGUUAAGGAAAUGUAUGAAGAUCAGUCUGGAGAAUUUGUAUGGGGAUCUUGGGGCUUAAAGGGUUUAACGUCUGACACCCCUAAGACAUUCCUUCAGUACUUGUAAACUGCACCUUAAGCAGUCUGGCAAAGUCCCCCAACCGGUGUUGUAAAUUAUCCCUGAAAAGCCCUGAGGGGAGUGGAUAAUAAGAUAAUUACAAUUACAAUUACAAUUACAUUCUCUAAGAUUAAUUCGGCUAUUAAAAGUGACAUGGCUGUAAGAAUAGAGGCUGCGGAAUUUUUCCUUACAAACCCUAUUUACGUAUUAAGGGCGUUUGUUUGGCAAUGGAAUCGGUUGUAUUCUGGGUCCUGGAAUUUAAUGAUUUGUAACCUGGAAGACUCCUCGAAUUUUUGUCUCCCUCGGUACGAACUCUGUUAACCGGCCAUACGCCCCAGGGAAUUUUGCCGAAAACGCGUUUUGAAGCUAGUCAAGCGAUUUUCUAGCCACUCUCUAGUCACUCUCUGACUACAAGGAGCUAAAACUUACCACAAAGCUGUUUACAGGUCAUACACUUCGUGGCCUUCUGAUCCAGACUCAAAAUAUUAGCUGUCGAAGUUCGGGCAUGCGCAGAAAGCAAAAUUUCGAGAUUUUCUGGUUUAAAAGUGAAUUGUUUGGCGGGGGUGGGGGACGAAUUGUGUUUUGGGCAACGUAAAGUCAUGGUGAAUUAACUACACAACCCGUUGGUGUAGCACGUAUUAUGUUUUUGCACCACUAGGUCGUCAGGGAGAGGCAUUACCUCCGUCUCAUGUUCGUAAAAGUCAUGGUAGAAUUUAACACCUUCAUUUUCGCGCUGAAACCGCUUAUCUCCAUCGUGAAGCCAGUCGCGUUAAAAAUUAAUUCAUCGUCAGUUCCGUUGUCAUUGUUGUUGUUGUUGUUGUUGUUGUAGCUGUUUUUGUAUUUGACAAAAGUUCAGAGCAUGAAUCAAUAGCGCAUGUGCAGGGGGGAUUUUUCAAAGGAAGAGCGGAUUUAACAUUGUGACACACCCAAGGUACUCACCGUAUUGUCUUGUCGACUUCUAUGCCGUGUUUUUAAAAAAGGCCUUUUUUUCGGGUGAACAGCGAGCGUGGGAGGAGCGAAAAGCCUACGGGAUAGCUGCAUACAGGACUUUCGAAGCGAGAAGAACCGAAUAUGUUUUCUAUACAAGAACUGCUGACGAAAAUAUUUUGAUACGAAGAAAUAUUCAACAAAUUCAGCCUUUAAACGAUGGUUUCUGGGAAAGAGAUACCUCUAAACGGUAAGGGGGUAACCUGUAAAGGACUCCCAGGCCACUCCCCUGACAUGUUAAUUAAAGUCAAUUAUCAUUCGAUGCAAAUUUGUCUUCUUUUUCAUUGGCCGAGAGUCCACCAGGUGACCUAAAUAACUGCCUACAAAGAAUGGUCUGCUCAUGUGCAAUGUCGUCCAACUGUGUUUGGCUGCAAAUACUAUACUGCUCAUGCGUAAAUGAAAACACACACUUCUCUCUAUCUCUCCCUCUCUCUCCUCUCUCCCUCCCUCUUGCGAUCGCUCUUGCGUGAAAAUGGCAGAUCGCUUCGCAAGUCAUUAAAAACAAACUCGGUGAUCAACUAUUUUCCUUAUCCCUCUGCUAAGGAAAAUACCUGAUCUGCUUGCCAGUGACAAAUCACGAAAUUUGCUCAACCUCGUCCAAUAAUUUUUAAUUAAUACUAUGUACUAUCAGAAACUCUCUCUCUCUCUCCACCGUAGAGGUUCCCGCUGGGUAUACCAAUAAAAAUAGCACAAAGAGGCCUCUGGGGAGGGGAGAGCCAGAAACUCAUAAGGGGUUGAACCCAGGGGCAAUAUCCGCCCUGGGUUCAACCCCUAAUGAGUUUCUGGUACUACAGACCAGGUACUGUAAGGUUUUGGAGAUCUUAACUUGUGUUGUUCUUAUUAUCCUGCUCCAAUAUAUCAAUCAGUCCAUCAAUGCCAGACAUAGUUUCAGCGAAAAAACCGAGGUCGGCUUCAAAAACUCUGUCAACAUCCGCUGCAGCCAGCACGAUUACUUUUCCAGGGCCUUUUUCAUUGACUUCUUCUGCCAUUGCAGACAGGUCUUUUCUUUUGCAUCGCAGAAUUUUGCCCUUUGACAUCAAGGACUUGGGCAAGCCGAGCGCUGCCAUGUAAGGCGCUAUGAACAACUGCGGCAGUACCGAUGGGAUCCGGGAGUUUAGAUCUACCAGGUAGCAUCUUCCUUCCUUCUCUAGUAUCUCAAUAUUGACUAUUCCAAAGUACCCAGUCGUAUAGAGGAAGGUUUUGACCGGUAAAAUGAAUUCCUCAUUAACCGCUUUCUUUAAAAACUCCUGCUUGUUCCAAUCAUCCAUUCCUGCAACCCAUUUGAGAUCCUUUGAAAUUGUCCCGGUCAAGUUGCCCAACCAGUGGACAUCUCCAGACACUGGGAUAUAUUCUUGCAAGAUAUACUUUCCCGUCCAGAAGCACUUAUCACUAAUCUCUACCACGAUUUCUUUUCGCUCUUGUGAAUUGUGAACUAGAGAGUUUCCGCGUCCAGCGCUCGAUUGAUCCACUUUGACCAUGCAGGGGAAAUCAAUGUUGCCCUCUUCCAUAAGUCGAGGAAUCGGCACUCCUAUUCGCGCUUUUGCAAAGCAACUCCGCAUGCAGUUCAGGAUCAGUGGCAUGCUUCUUUGCUGGUAGACACUGCAACGGUCCAGUGGCUACAACUAGGGUGUCGUCCGCAAAACCCUCUUCGGUGGAUUUUACCUCUCCGGUUGUGAAAACCGGCAGCCACUUGUUCCAGUGAUUUAAUUGGAGACAACAACAAUAACAAUCUAGACUAUUCUUAGCACGCAUUAAACAGAUUAGUAAUAUAAAGAACGAAAUUGAAAUAAAAAAAGAUAAAAAUUUCAGGCAAUCCGCUGUUCGCAUUAGCUAGUCAGGGCGAAAGUUGAAAAAGAAAAUAUGUUCAUCUAUCAUAAUUCUGCGAACAGAGCAUUGAAUUUAUUACGACAACUGACAUUUACAGCGGAAAUAUCGGCUAAAAAGACUUCCCGUUUUAGGGAUUUCUCGGUUUUAAGUAGGCAUGUAGGGUAGCAUUUAAAUGAUUUUUAACCUCUCGGCAUAUAAAUUUGAAACCCCCAACUUUUAAAUUCAUCCUCGAUUAUGAGAGCUCGGCGAUUACAAGAAGCGUUUCCAAGAAGUCUACUGCCGUUUUGAAAUCAGGAGAACGCUUCGAGCAGCCAAAGAUGAAAGACACUUGCUAAGGUUUUUAGCGACUGUUAAUCAUUGUCUGUUCCUGAGACCCUAUCAUAGCUGGAUUCAUGGAGAAAUGUUUGAGAUUUAAAACUCUAAAAUGAACUUCAAGGAGGCAAUUUGUUUUCUUUCGACGCUGCUAUCGAUGGGUGAGUGGAGCCACAGUUGUUGUGAUGUCGGAAACUGCCAGUAUUAAUAUAAUAUUUGCUUUUUCUCAGCGCUGGAGUUUUCAUUAUUUCAUUUGGCCUACUACAAGAGUCAUCGUAGCUCUUCUUCGUCGGCUUCAUCGUACUCGUCGUUAAGGAAAUUUAUACCUCCGUGGCCUGUGACAUUGACGAUAUGUUCUGAACUUGCAAUCUUUGCUUUCCUCAGCUUCCUGACUGUUUUCUUGCAGAAUGAUUCGUAAACUUUUUUCUCACUUUCUUUAAGGCUAGUAGCAGCUACAGAUACUUUCAUUAUGUGAGUUAUGGUAUUUUCGCCCAUUGGUUUAGUUUGGACCUGAUGUUUAAAUUUUCGGUUUCGUUUGCUACUGAGGUAGAAAAAAAAAACAGACCAUCGCAUGGAUGUUUUAAUAGAGGUCUUCGCUCCACAAAAGACUCAAAGAGAUUGAAAUCCCUGUUGUUAUCAUGGAAUUGUAUCCUUGUUCAUUUAAGUGCCUGAAGAGUGUAGCUGUCAUGGUUUGCGUGUGGUUGCAACCGUUUUUGUUCCUUAUUUUUUUAACUUUAGCGUAGUCUGUUAUAAGUAGCUUGUUUUUUAGUUUCUCUGGCUCAUUUUGCUCGAUUUUGUUGACAGCAUUUUUCUCUUAGCAACCCAUUUUCAAAACAUUUAGCCAGAAAGGCAUACUUUUUACUGUGUUCCGGUUUUUGGAAUAUUUUUUUAACUCUUCUCUUGUUGUUUUGCUUACAAAAGUAAAUCCAGUCGUCGUCUGCUGAAAACCGUGGCCAUUUUCUUGAAUUUUUGUUGUUAAAACAGCUCUAAUCUGAUUGGUUCUUGUUGGUUUCUUUUGUAUUUUCAGGCAAUCAGAAAACAUUUGUAAUUUGCACUCGUGUUACAAGUUUGCACUGGUGUUACACAUUUUGCACUCGUGUUACAAAAAAGCUGUACUCCUUUCUCAGCCAAUCUGAAUUGAGUAAUUUUUUCGUGUAUAUUAUUAAUACAUUUAGCCAGGGCUAAGAGCGAAGCGUGCGUUCGGCAAGUUUACUUUAAAAACUCUUGCCAAAAAAUCUGGUGGCGUGUAAACCAGCCUUUUAUACUAUUUAUACAUCACAUUUGAGGUGGAACAGUACUAUGAGGCGCUGUUUUUAUCAUACAGAUCUCGGACAGAAUGCAGUAUUUCACAAUUUUGCAAUGCAAGACAAAUAUUGCACUCAUUCAAUCGUACCUGAGCCCGCGAGACAAUCAGGUUAUACUUAUCAGCAGAUACACUGUUUUCACAGCUGUCAGCUGAUCACAACAUUGGUGGAACAUUGAUUUGCAAUAUGUGUGCGAUAUCAGUUUGCUCCUGGGCUCCCAAACUAGGUAGAAAGUGUGCGAUUAAACAUUGGUUUCCUUGUUGUGCGGACGGAUGGGCGCUCGGUGUACGAUCACGUGAUUACCAAAUUUUCUUUUAUGGGUAAAUUUACUUACCCAUGGUGCUCCGCUAUUAUCAACAGACAUCGGUGAGAUAUGUAACAUAAAGAGCGUAAGUAAAAUAGAUAAAGAUAAAAGUUUAAAAGCCUUAGUAGGCUUCAUUUUGGUGGGAAAAGUUUAGGAUUAGAUGAAAGGAAAUCUAGGUGAGUAGGGAAACAAGAUUUUCAUGAAAAAAACGUCCCUUGCUAUUUCUUUUAGAUUCUAACUGGGAUUUUGUUCGGGAAAUAUCAAACCUGACACUUCAAGUCUUAAAACCAGGAGGAAAAUUUUUCGCCCAGGUAAUAGAAUACGAGGUAACAAUAGUUUGCUCAAUGUCGCUCAUCCUGCCAACAGAGUGUUUCUUUCGCUUAGUACAAACAUGAACUACAAAGGACUGCAAAGGACCGCAAACGAAUAUGCCGAAGAACGUGGGAUCAAUGAAGACCUUUGCAGUCCUUUGUAGUUAAUGUUUGUCCUUUAUGUAUUUUGGGGGCGUAGAUCUUUUAUAGAUCCGACAUGCUGUAAUUCUUGCAUGGUUCUGUCCAUGUGUUAGAGGUUGGUUUUGGCCUACCCUUUAUUUUCUCUGCGAGACAUCAACUUGACACUUGGACUCUUGCCCCACAGACGACACGUGGUAUGACGUGAUGGCUGUGGGUGUUGAGAGUUCUAGGUCAGGGCUUAAAUCAGAGUGCGCGGAUAUUCUUCAUCAGAGCUUUCUCUGGUUGUUGCGCCAUACUUACGAGCCCUAAAAAGGGCGAAACAGCUGUCUAUGGCUACAAUGCCGCUCUGUUUUGAGUUCUUUCGGUGUAGUGUUGACGUCUUGCAGACUUAAUUUUCACAUAGUACGAUCAACAUUGCAGUAUUCUGCUUGCAAAAUUUAAUAUGUUUUCUUUCGCUUGCUCGAUUUUGCCGUACUCGAGAAAGACUCUACAUCAAUCGAGUAAGAUCUUUCUUGAGCAUGAGCGGCAUGUCGCUAGGAUACAGUUUCGAACCCAGGCCUAGUAGCCUUGCGCUUGGUAUGACCAUCAGUUACGACCAUCAAUAAACGGAUGUUCUCACCCGAAAAACCAGUUUCACGAGAGAAAACGAGAUUGACCUAUUCCAGAAGUUUGGGCUGCAGCCAGUUCAAAAACGUGACGCGAUUAAGGCAAAGCCUCCUUUUCUCUCCAAAAAGAAGACAAAAGUAGCCUCUGUUCGCGGGGUGAAUACCGCACUGUUGAGGUAAUUCGUGCGUAGUGGAUAGUCCGUUCACUCUUAAUAGUGGCCAGUGAAAAAAAUUCGCAAAAGAAAUUAUUGUUGUAAACUACAAAAUCCGCUGGAUAGUGAUUUAUCCUAUGCGAUGGAUAGCGUUAUGUGCUGUUUAAAAAACGAGCAGGAGUGUAUUACAACUAGAGCCAGCUUUACUAUAAUUGUGGGGUUAAUUUUGUAAUUGACUGCCAUCCCAUGGGUAAAAGGUAUCAUCCAAUAUUUUUUUUUUCGAAAUUUGCAACUUUUAGAUAGAGCCCGUUGAGAACUUACUUUUUAUGCUAAUCAUUUGUUUCAAGAAAAAUCUAUCCUCCCCUGUUUUCUUGCACUGAAAAUCGGGCCAAAUUGAGCGUACAUUUUGAGCGUACACUUUAAGCUCCUGACUUAUUAUCCCUAACUUCAUCUGCUUAUAACAAAAGAACAAACGCACUUGACAAAAUUUGACAUAUAAUUUUUUAGCCAAAAUUUUCAAGAACUCAAUGCGCUCUCCAUCGGUUUCUUCCAUUUACUUUUGGCUGGCGUGGACUUAAACUUACAGAUACAUACACUUUCGCAAAAAAAAACACCUUUCUGAAACGCGUUCACAUUUUGGAUUUUUUAAAGAAAUCAGCCAUAAUCUGGAACUAUUAGGCUUUCAGAAAUUGAACGGUUUGUUGGGGUAUUUAUUUAAACUACAAUACCUAGCGCGGUCCACGUGAGGACAGACCUACUGCAGGUGCUGCAUAGCUGAAAUCGGUUAAACUCCUGCCUCAUUGCUUCUCAUGGGCUCAUUUGCUCCUUUCGUAACUCUCGAGGAAAUCUGAGUUAACGGCAGUCUACGUUUAACCGUGGGUAACGUAAUUCUCUUUUCAGGGUACAAAUGGUGCUCUGUGCAAAAAGGAGAUAGAACAAUAUGAAGACAGCCUCAGGAACCUUUGCUUCCCAGUUGAGUUUAAAAGAGAAUCUACUCAUGUUCCAUCGUUCGAGGACAGGUAUCCUUUG